GGCUGAUCCAACCCAAUAAAACGGGAGGGAGUGGUUGAAACGGUUUCUUAACUAAAGGUGUACGCGAGGCCACGCCCUUGUCUCAACGUUCCGCCGACCGUUCAACGGCCGCCCUCACGUGAUUGCGGAGGGGCAGUUCGGCCGGGAAGGGAAAUCACUGCGCACGAGAGACGAGGCGUUAAACGGCCACCGGGAACGGACGAGGCUGUUGUGCGUGUCUCGUUUUCUCCACCGUUUGCCGACAUGAGCCGUUACAGCAGCCGCCGCCGCUGCUGCUUCUGGGAUACCCUGGCUUGGGCGCUGCUCCUGCCGGUUCUCGCCUUUUGCCUUAUUCCGCCGAGCAAAGCAACUGUCGGAGAAGUUGGCUGUGAAAGACAUACAAAUUGUAGUUCCUGCAUUUCUAUUGAAUCAACUCAGCUGAAUUGCACAUGGCUUCAAUGCAGUGGAAAGUCGUCUCGGUGUACAAAUUCCACAAGUAUGGAUCCUGAUUGUACUGCUGUUUCUGAAAAUGGGACAUGUGCAGAUUUGCCGAUCAGUACUACCACAGCUAGUAAUGUCACCACAGCUAGUAAUGCCACCACAGUCACCAGCCCUACAGCUAGUACAAUUAACUCAACUUCAUCGACAAGAACACCUGUUGUGAAUAGUACAACAAUUGCCACUACUUCUAUUAUUACUACUAAAACAGCCACAUCUCUCAUACCAACGGCCAAGCCAUCACAUCACAAAGCAAGUUUUGAUGCAGCCAGUUUCAUUGGUGGUAUUGUACUUGUGCUGGGUCUGCAAGCAGUAAUCUUCUUUCUGUAUAAAUUUUGCAAGUCCAAAGAACAAAACUAUCAUACUCUCUAGGAAAUGUUGCUUUUUUUAAGUGGACUUAGAAUAGCUCAAUAUUUAUGGUUAGCUACACCAAAAGAUGCUUAUUCUUUAUGGAAUACAGCAGUUCAAGAUAUUAUUUUUCAAGACUUAAAAAAAUAGGUCUGCAACAUGCUUGGAAUAAGGUUGUGUGAAUCAUGUCUUGCUGAACAGAAAUAUUUGCAAUAUUCUGCAUGAACUCUUAUUUGCUGUUUUAAAUUUCUUUAGCUGCUGCUAUAGAAUCUAUUCUUUUAUUUGAUAUGCCAAAUGUAGCUGUUAAUAGUUAUUGUAUUUAGUGGCAGCAAUGUUCCUAAUAGAUAAUUUUUACAAUUACAGUGAUUUAAUUAGGUUUAGAUACAAUAUCCCCCUGCAUCAUUAUUAAAACAGAUUACUGUUAACUUGACAUAAAAAUUAUCUGUGAAAACUAUGACUUUUUAUCUUGUUCAGCUUGGAAAUUGGAAGAGAUUUGUAGGAUGUUUUUAGGAUAUUUUUUUCUUAAGAAAUAUGAAUGCCCAUAUUUUUCCAUAUUAUAUGAUGUUACAAGGAUGAUUGUUUUCUAAUAUAAAUGUAAGCAUCUAUAGGAAGAAUGAUGAUCAAAAGAUACAAGUUCCCUGGUGCAUAAGGAAGAAGGACUAGUGCCUUAAUUAGCAGAUUGCAAAUUGAAGUGUUGUGCCAUCUUAUAUUUUGAGGUUCAGUGAAGAAUGUCAUUCCAUUUGCACCAAGUUUUCUCCAUUAGACAUAUGAACCUCAGCACUAUAUGUUAACAUCGUUAACUGUUUUCAUAUGUGUUAAUAACAAUGUAUUGGAUCUAUAUUUUUGAGGAAUCGGAUCCAUUGAGGAAAAUAGAUUGGGUAAACUAUCUGUGAUGAAUUUAUCCAGCUGAUUUUUGUGAGCCUGUUAAAUGUGGCAAAUAUGGAUUCAAUCUGCUGUAUCCAGGCUUUGUUUUACUGUUCCUAAAGCCAUUUGUCUGUAGCCUUCAAAUUACCUGCCUUAGAAAAUGCUGUGUUUUUCAUAUGAAGAUAAUUUUAGCAAACACAGUUUGUGCUCGCAACAUUAUGGAUAUUUUAAAGGUACUGUAGUCCUGCAUAGAUAUGGGAAUAUUUUAUUCCCACAUAGCAAUAUCCCACCUGUAGGUUUCUUAAUACAGUGAAUUAUGUGAUAGAACAAUUGUGAUAGAAACAAAGUUGAAUGCUUGAACUAAGUUAUUUUGAUUAUUCUCUUAAUUACUUAAUGUUUGUUUUGCAAGUCAUAUUGCAAUUGUGAUAAAUAUAACUGAAAUAAUCAAAACUCAGUUUAUAGGAUUAAGUGUUUCUGCUGGAUGAGCUCCAGUCAAAAAGGAACUGCAGUGCUUAGUAUUAAGCUGGUGACAAAAUUGACUCUGUAGAUUCAUGGUUAAAAAUGUUAACAUCAUUCUAAUUUCCUUAAUCCUUCUAAUUUGACUAAAGUUUACUUCAAUAUUAGCUAGAAAGUCAAUUUGUAAUGUAUAUUUAGUAGAGAGUACUGUAAUUUUAAAGACUCUUCCGACAAUUGUACUCUUAAAAGACAAUAGCUCAGGUGAGUAAAGCAGUGGAACUGACUAUUCCAUUCAGAUAUUUCCAAAUUAGGUGGUGUGUAUUUAAUGGCCUUAUGGUAGUCAUUUUUACCCAGCUCCCCAUGGUCUUUAUAAAUUUAAGAUAAGAAGCUGAAAAGAUUGUCAAAUUUAACAUAACGUUAAUGAAAUACUAAAGAAUGAUAGCUUUAAAAUGCAGUUAAUAUUAGAUAAACAUUCUUCGGACUAAAAAGACUAACAAGCUUUUUACUUUUUGCUUCCAUGCUUAUUCUUGAAUGACUGUUAAUAUUUAUUUUGUAAAUUUAAAGGGAAAAAUGUUUCAAAACUGACAGUGCAAUAUGCACUUUCAAAAUCAAAAUGUGAGAUGAUUUUGUUACUGAGCCAAGAAUACUUGUCAAAGAUAUUAAAACAUGUAUUCCUAAAUACAGUGAACCCUCCUUCAAGUGCCUUAAGUUUUCUUAAUGUUGGCCUCAAGUCAGGAAAAGAAACUUUAAUCAAUAUAUCUGCCCCUUAGUGUCAGCAGUUGCUCUUUUCCAAUGAUUUUAGAAAAUUCAGGUGUUAGUACUACCUUUCAGGAAAUUAUAUUUUCUAUUUGGGUGGCAUAAAGCUAUAUGUUUAGUUACUAGGGCAUUUCUAACAAUUUCAUGCCAUGGCAGAUUUGAUUUCCUAAGCCAGCUUCAUCUGUAAUCUACCAGACUAUAGCAAACACAUUAAGGGGCUUCCCUAUUAUUCACAUAUUUCAAUUCUUUACCACCUAGAUUUAGAUAGAUAAAACUUUGUUUUCAGUAUAAUGCCAUUACAUAUGAAUUAGUAAAAAUAGAUUUUUAUCACUUCUUUGCUGGUUGUUUGAAAUUCAGCAUAUUGUUUGUUUUUUAAGCAAUUGUCUGUAUGGAAUAAAUGAUCACGUGGCCCUUAAUUCCUUAAAUAGUAAAUUGUGACUUUCAUUCUUUAUCUGGAUUGUUCUUAGAACUCUCAUAUGCAAAUAUACUGCAUAGGGAAUUGAAUGUUAUAGAUACUAUGUACUGCAUAUGUGGUGUUGUCACUGAAAAAAAUGCAAAUUAUUUACAAUCGUAAUACCAAAAUAAUAAAUCAUUUAUUAAAAUG